AUGUUUUUUGAUUAUUUUUUGCAACUUUCAAGGACGAGUAUUCACAACUUGAUGCUUUCAAUUGACUCCUUUCGAAUUCGAGAAAGACGAUAUCCCAACUCAGGAUCUGGAUUUCAUCCAAUAAAUACUCCUAAAAAUGAAUUGUGUACUUGUAACAUUGAAAAUGCAUGUCCUUCAGGGAGGCAAGGAAAACGCGGACCGCCAGGGUUGGAUGGAGUGAACGGAAAGCCUGGACCUCCUGGUCAGCCCGGCCUUCCGGGAAAUUUCUUGCCUAUUCAGUACGAUUUUAAUAGAAAGUGUCGAACUUGCCCGAGGGGUGAAAGAGGAGAGCAGGGCAGUCCUGGAUUGCCGGGACUGCCUGGGCUGGAAGGGUUGAAUGGAAACCCUGGAAGGAAUGGGCAGAUCGGUCCUGCAGGACCUGUCGGACCUCCUGGCCCUCCAGGCAGUCAAGGACUUCAAGGAAAGACGGGUAGUAAAGGAACGCCAGGAAAUGCGGCAAUAAUUGGAGAGAAGGGAGAUCCUGGCCCUAAAGGAAAGCAAGGACGUGGAGGUCGAAGAGGUACAAGGGGAAAGGAUGGAAUUAAAGGUGUUGUGGGCAUUUCUAAAUUAAUUUUUAAAAUUAAUUUAAGGAAAAAGUGGAGAGGCAGGUCCACGUGGAGCACCAGGUUGGAACACUUAAUGUAUCGUAAGUAUUGA